AUGGGCAACAUUGCGGACAAGGUCAAGGCAAAACAGUCACAAGCCGGCCCUCCCACUGAGAAGUUGCUACGCCUGGAGAACCUUGAUGUCGACAUCCCUCCCGACGAUGUUGUGCAAAGCCUCACCUCAGCGGCAGCCACAAACGACGACGACAACAGUUACCUUCCAUUCCUCGGACAGAUAGACCUGAGGAAUGCUGUUGCUGAGCACGUAAGCUCCAUGACCGCAGGUACGAUCCAAUACAACGGUGAGGCAAACUGCAUCAUCACGGCUGGGGGCCUGAGCGGGAUCCUCAACACCCUGCUGGCCACGGUGGAAGAAGGGGACGGCGUCCUCUUGACAGAACCCGUGUACGCUGGGCUGCUCAAUCGCGUCAGGCUAGCUGGUGGCAUCCCACAUUUGGUGCCUCUGCAGUUUAACCCGGGGGAAGUAUGGUCCCUGGACCGGGACAAACUGCGAGAAGUGAUGGACUCGCCAAACAACAAGAUCACAACGAUGCUGAUGAUGUCCCCCAGCAUGCCGACCGGGGCUUACCUCGACCAGGGAGAUUGGACCCUCAUCGCCGAGCUUUGUGUCAAGCAUGAUAUUUUGUUGAUAUAUGAUGCAGCCAUGGAGCGUUUGAUAUUCGAUAAUCUCCCCAUUAUCCACCCAGCAUCCUUCCCUGGCAUGGCGAAUCGAACCAUAAUAGUGGGAUCGGCUUCAAAAGAAUUGCGCAUGAUUGGCUGGCGCGUAGGCUGGAUUGUUGGCCCCGCGCACAUUAUACAGGACAUCGGCCUGGUAUCGAUGGCCAAUGUUGUUGUUCCUGUAGGUAUUGCACAACGAGCUGCGAAGGAGGCGCUUCAGAUAUCCAAGGCCACUAUUGUCGACUACGUUCGCGAACUGCAGCUUCGCAGGGAUCUGUGCCUGAAAGAACUCAGUGGACUGCCCUUUGGCAAGCCGAGCGGCGGAUGGUCGCUGUUGUUGCGUGUCGACACGCUGGGUUGGAGAGCGGAUGCCGCCGCUGAAGCGCUUCUGGCACAAGGAGCCUGCGUGACGCCGAUGGUCGGCUGGGGUUCUGACGAGGAAGCUCAAUACAUACGGAUUGUCUUCUCGAACGAGCCACGAGAUCGACUAGCAGGCCUGGGAAAGAUGGUCAGGGAGGCAUUGCUCAAGUGA